ACCUUUCUGCUUGUUUAAAUCACUAGGAUUCAAAAAAAGCCAUAACAACUAAUUAGACGGAAUAUGAUUCAGUUUUCUAGUAGCUCAGAAUGGCGAAAAGAAGGAAGAAAAGUAAGAAAAGUACCCGUUCCUCCAGGAAUAAAGAAAGGACUUCGAGUGUUGCCUCCAAUGUUUUGUACGAUAGUGAAAAUUAUGUAGCGCAGAUUGGAAUACUGAAAAAGAAAAUUAAAGAUUAUCAGUACGUGAUCGAUAAUUUUAAAGAUCUCAUUAUUCAAACAACGUCUAAAGUCCACAACAUCGAAUCAGAUGGCAAAGGACUUAUCACAUAUCUACAAAACUGCAUUCAAAGCAAAGAUAAAGACAUUGAUGGUUUGAAACAAAAUCUUAGCACUUUACUUAGAAGAAUGAACGAAAAGCAUAAGGAACACAACAAAAUUAUAGUCAGUCUGAGACUUGAGAUCGAGGCUAUUGAAGAAAAGUUGAACUCAGAGAAAGCGGUUUUGACGGGAAAAGUCGAGUCCCUUGAAAAUUUUAGUGUUGAGCGAGCUCAGCUACAGUACAAGACAACAGCGAUACAAAAUUUAAUCGAAGAAACGUUGAAACUCAAUAAGUCCAUAUAUCAUGAAAAGGAUUUAGAGCUAACUGUUUCUCAAGAUCAAUUAUUCAAAGAGAUGUUAAGCAGAGUUUCACAUUUGGCUAGCGAAUUUCGAAUUGGCACAGAGAAACGAAUUAAUAAAACAGAACGUCGAACAUUAGAAUACAAUUAUAAACUUAAUGACAAGUUGGCAAAUCUAAGCAACAGAAUAUCCCAUAUCAUGGGUAAAAAUAAAUCCUAUAAACAAGCUACAAGACAAUUAAAGCAUGAUAUAAGCGUAUUACAAGAAGUUAGAGAUGAAAUGCAUAAGAACUGGUCAAAUCAUCUCAAAUCUUUGAAAGAUUCAAUAUCCAAUUGUUUAGAAAAAGAACAAAGAUUAUCUUCAAUGAUGAAAUCAUUUACAACUGAUAAACUUAUCGACUCAAUGAACAAUAAUUUAUUUGAUGAACAAAUAAAAUAUAUCAGUACGAAAGAAGCUCAACUGAAUGAUGUUUUACAAACAUUAAGAUCUAAGUACGAGCAUACAUUAUGUCAAUGUGAAGAAUACAUGGAUUUGAAGAAUAAAGAACUGUAUCGUUUGAAACAAUUGAUCAAAGCUAGAAAAAGUUUGUGCCAACUAGUGUAUGAUUGUAAAACUGCGUUACGGGAAGCCCAUGAAGUAAGCUUACUUUAUCUUAUUCAUGUUGAUCUGUAAUAUAUAUAUAAUUUCUUCUAGUUACUUUGUUUAGUGUUGUUUUUCUGUAUAUAAUUUCCUUAAACAGAUGUUAGAACCGGAAAAUGCUAUGAAACUGAAUUUAACUGAACGCAUUCAACGUCAUGAUCAUUUAUUGACUGCAUUCUUCAUUUUAAUUUAUACAUGUGAUCAGCUUAUUUCACGUAUUACUCCAUAUCAAAUUGGAGACUUUCGAUUAAGUCAAAUAACUAGAAGUAUACCUUCAUCAUCAAUGAAACAGUCAUCGUGUGGUAAUAAGGUUAUGUUUAGUAAUUCUCUGCAUACAUUUUCCAGUUCUUCAUUGGCUAAAAGUGACAACCAGACUAGGAAAUUUUCAUCGAAUAACAAUGAAUCUAGUGGAUCAUUGUUGGAUUCAUGUGGAAAUGAUCGUGAUUCAACGUCGGACUUUCAAUUAGCAUUGAAAUUUGGUUUAAAACCAAUAGACGAUGCAAAGCGAAAUAUUUCUACUAAUUUAAUUAAAGAAUUAUCAAAAUGUUCACGUCAAUCAGUAAGACGUACUAAUACACCAGUUUUACAUUCAAUAGCUGUGCAAACGGAUUCAUUAUUCGCAAGUCAUAAACAACCAUCAAAUUUAUGCAAAAAAAGAAGUUUAAACAAAACAUAUUUUGUAAGAAGUAGUCGUGGAAUUUUACAACUUCCACUGAUUCAUUCAACAAUUCUAGCACCAAAAGAAGAUUAUGAUGAAUUGUACAGAUUUAAUAUACAAUCAACUUAUAGACAUAAAUCACCUAUACUACCAAGUUUAUACAAAUUGGCUAAGAUGUAAUUCAGCUUAUAUUUAAAUAUUAACUAUUGAAGUAUAAUCAUUGUGCCACAGAUUCGAACCAUGUAGCAUCCAGAAUUCUCCUGAUCUUUCUUAUAUAUUUAACAGGAUUUUCAAAUUUUAAUGAUAUUUCAACGACUUCAAUCACUAUUUGUCUGAAUCUCAACUUUUCUGAGUUGUGAUGUCAAGUCAAAUAUCCUUUUGCAUGGUAUAAAUAUUUAAUCGCUUCAAAAAACAAUAUUUACCUUAUGUUUUCUUAUAAUCUUGUUAAGUCACUAAUUUUAUUUAUUUCAUUUGUCAAUGUGAUAGAUAAGUACAGAUGUUCCAUAAAUUAUUCAAAGUUCAUCUUGGGAUGUGUCAACUAUUCUUAAUUUCAGUGUGAUACAAGAGAUUAUUUUCAUGUAGAAGCCUCAUUAAAAUAACUAAAAAAAUACUAUUUUGAAAA